AUGGAGAUGGAACGAGAAAGAAAGAGAAGAGAAUAUAAAACGAGAUGCUUGUUGGAGUAGUUCUAUUCUAAUUAUUGGGCAAUCCGUCCCAAUAGAGGGCCACCCACACGUUGGGUCUCAAGAAAGAACACACGCACCCAUAACAUAAAUAUACACAUAUAUAUAUGCUGCUUCGUGCGUGAGAAAUUUUUGGUCAUACGCACCUUACGCCCGGUGCUGGCUGAUCUAGUAGCCACUGUACAAAUCCAUCCCUAAAGUCUUCAACUUUGAAACCAAAUUAGGGAAAUCAGACAUGGGGUCGAUUGCCAAGAAAGGGUUACAGCAAUACUUGAUGCAACUUCAGCAACAUCCUCUCAGAACUAAGGCAAUUACAGCAGGGACGUUAGCAGGGCUUAGCGAUAUAGUUUCUCAAAAACUCACUGGUAUACAGAAACUUCAAUUGAAACGGCUUCUUCUCAAAGUGCUUUUUGGAGUUGCUUAUCUUGGUCCAUUUGGACAUUACCUGCACAUAGUUCUAGACAAAAUAUUCAAGGGGAAAAGGGAUACAAAAACAGUAGCCAAGAAGGUACUGCUGGAGCAGGUUACUUCUUCUCCUUGGAACAACUUGUUUUUCAUGAUUUACUAUGGGUUGGUUGUGGAGGAAAGACCUUGGGUUCACGUGAAAGCUAAAAUAAAGAAGGACUAUCCAACAGUACAAUAUACUUCAUGGACGUUCUGGCCUGUUGUUGGUUGGAUCAAUCACCGCUAUGUGCCCCUGCAAUUCCGGGUCAUUCUUCAGAGCUUAGUUGCAUUUUGCUGGGGAAUAUUUCUAAAUCUUCGAGCACGAUCCAUGGUCUUACCAAAGCCCAAAUGAAGAAACUCAGUGUGCUUGAAUAAGUUAAAGCUCCUAGUUCCGAGCUAUUCUUAGUCUGCUAGUAGAUGCUCUCUCUAUUUUGAUCAAUCAUGAACUCAGAAGAUUAUUCCUCUAGAUCUUGAAGUUUGUUUAUUAUAUAUACUGGAUCUUAUGUUCAAAUGAUUCCCAUCUUAAGCCAGUUUGAUUGUUCAUCA